UUGUUUUACAGAGAAAUGGUUAAUGCAUGGUUUGCUGAGAGAGUUCAUACCAUCCCAGUCUGCAAAGAGGGAACCAAGUCCCAGAGCGAAUCCUGUGCUUGUCACCAGCCUGCCUGUGGUGAGACCACCAACUCUGGGACACCAGCAAGGAAAAUCUCUGCUUCUGAAUUUGACAGACCUUUAAGGCCUAUUUUUGUCAAGGACUCAGUAGGAGCAGUGAGCUUCCUCUCUGGCUCUGAAAAGAAGGAACAGAUGCCUCUGCAAUCUCCAAGGAUUGAGACCAGUGUAGGGGAUCAGUGCUCAAGACUAUUGGAACUUGUGAAAGAUAUUUCUAGUCACUUAGAUGUCACAGCACUUUGCCAUAAGAUUUUCCUGCAUAUCCAUGAGCUCAUAGCAGCCGAUCGCUAUUCCCUGUUCUUGGUCUGUGAGGACAGCUCUAAUGAGAAGUUUCUUGUAAGCAGGCUGUUUGAUGUGGCAGAAGGCUCCACCCUGGAAGAAGCUUCCAACAACUGCAUUCGGCUAGAGUGGAACAAGGGCAUUGUGGGUCAUGUAGCAGCUAUAGGCCAGCCUCUGAACAUCAAGAAUGCAUAUGAGGAUCCAAGAUUCAAUGCAGAAGUUGACCAGAUCACAGGGUACAAGACUCAGAGUAUUCUCUGCAUGCCAAUAAAGAAUCAUAGAGAAGAGGUUGUUGGUGUGGCUCAAGCAAUCAAUAAGAAAUCUGGAAUUGGUGGCACUUUCACUGAACAAGAUGAAAAGGAUUUUGCUGCCUAUCUGGCGUUUUGUGGAAUUGUUCUUCACAAUGCUCAGUUGUAUGAGACGUCUUUGCUUGAGAACAGGCGCAAUCAGGUGCUUCUUGAUCUUGCCAGCCUGAUUUUUGAAGAACAGCAGUCUUUGGAAGUGAUUCUUAAGAAGAUAGCUGCCACUAUAAUAUCCUUCAUGCAAGUGCAGAGGUGUACCAUCUUCAUAGUGGAUGAAGAUUGUCCUGAUUCAUUUUCUAGUGUGUUUCACAUGGAAUCUGAGGAAUUAGAAGAAUCAGGUGAAAAUCUGAAGAGGGACUAUGAUACAAACAAAAUCAAUUAUAUGUACGCUCAGUAUGUCAAGAAUACGAUGGAGCCUCUCAACAUCCCAGAUGUCUGCAAGGACAGGAGAUUUCCCUGGACAAAUGACAAUGCAGAAAAUGAAAGUCAACACAUAAAGAGUUUGCUGUGUACACCAAUAAAAAAUGGGAAAAAGAAUAAAGUGAUAGGGGUUUGCCAGCUUGUGAAUAAGAUGGAAGAAAACUCAGGCAAAAUCAAAGCUUUCAACAGAAAUGAUGAACAGUUCCUGGAAGCAUUUGUCAUCUUUUGUGGCUUGGGCAUCCAGAAUACGCAGAUGUACGAAGCUGUAGAGAGAGCCAUGGCUAAACAGAUGGUGACAUUAGAGGUUCUCUCCUACCAUGCUUCUGCUGCUGAGGAGGAAACGAGGGAGCUGCAGGUAACAGUGGCUGCUGUGGUACCAUCUGCACAAUCUCUCAACCUAACUGACUUCAACUUCAGUGAUUUUGAGCUCUCGGAUUAUGAAACAACACUGUGUACAAUUCGAAUGUUCACAGACCUCAACCUGGUGCAAAAUUUCCAAAUGAAGCAUGAGGUUCUCUGCAGAUGGAUUUUAAGUGUAAAGAAAAAUUACCGGAAAAAUGUUGCUUAUCACAAUUGGAGACAUGCCUUUAACACAGCACAGUGCAUGUUUGCUGCUUUAAAAUCUGGUAAAAUUCAGAGCAAGCUGACUGACUUAGAAACACUGGCACUCCUGAUAGCAACUCUAAGCCAUGAUUUGGAUCACAGGGGAGUGAACAACUCUUACAUACAAAGAAGUGAACAUCCACUGGCUCAGCUGUAUUGCCACUCAAUCAUGGAGCAUCAUCAUUUUGAUCAAUGCCUUAUGAUCCUCAACAGUCCAGGAAAUCAGAUUCUCAGCAGCCUUUCCAUUGAAGAAUACAAGGCCACGCUGAAAAUGAUAAAGCAAGCCAUUCUUGCCACAGACCUAGCACUAUACAUAAAGAGGAGAGGAGAAUUUUUUGAACUUCUAAGGAAGAAGCAAUUUAAUUGGGAAGAUCCUACACAGAAGGAGCUUUUUUUAGCAAUGCUGAUGACUGCUUGUGAUUUGUCAGCCAUCACCAAACCAUGGCCAGUUCAGCAACGGAUUGCUGAGCUUGUAGCUACUGAGUUCUUUGAUCAAGGAGAUAAAGAGCGGAAGGAACUCAACAUAGAACCAACAGACCUAAUGAACAGAGAGAAGAAAAAUAAAAUUCCCAGCAUGCAGGUUGGAUUUAUAGAUGCUGUUUGUUUGCAGCUGUAUGAGGCCCUAACACAUGUGUCAGAGGCCUGCUACCCCUUACUGGACGGCUGUAGAAAAAAUAGGCAGAAAUGGCAAUCCUUAGCUGAACAGCAAGAGAAGAAUCUGAUUAAUGGAGAAAGCAAUCAAGCCAAACGGAACUGA